UUAGUCAUAGUUUUCAUGAAAUUGGCACACCCUCUUCUCGUGUAACCGCUGUAGAAGUCACGAAUGUGAGUUAAGUUCUUACUAACAGGUACACAGGGAGAUGUGUCUGUGUUUUAGUCAACAAAGGCCGCCCUAAAACCGAGGUGAAUUGAGUUCAGUGCUUGCCUGUGGAAACAGCGAGGUCCUAUCCUGUGUUCGUCGCUAGAUGGCGAGAGAAGUCCAGUUUGUGGAGGGAUUAACGGGGUCUUGUAUCGUGCUGCAGCUUGGAUUAUUGUGCAAUAGCCUACAACAUUUAGUACAAACCAUGAGAUGGCAUUCAAAGGAAAAGCAGUCGACUCAAAGGCCGUGCUCUUCAAUCUGCUGCUGUGUCUGCUCAUAUUUUACUCCCUUUUCUACAUUAUCGGGAGUGUGUGCUUCGGUGCCUUCAGGUUGCAUCACUUUGAUGGGCUGAUUCCAUUCGACUUUAAGACUGAGCCUGCUGAGUCAAACUCCAAAUACUUGGUGAACCUCCUCUCCUUGGAGCUCACCUACUUCUGCAGCGGUCUUUUGUUUGCUGCAGUGGUGAAGAGGCGUGUCUGGGACUACGCACUCACUGUCACCCUUCUCCAUGUAAUGAUCACCAGCCUAGUGAUGUUAGAGUUCCCUAUGGUUUGGCAAUGGUGGCUGGCUUUAGGGAGCGGCUUGUUUCUGAUGAUCUGCAAUGGUCAGUUGAUUGCUUACUUCACAUGCCAAAGUGACCAGAGCUAUGCAUCCUUCAGCAUCUACUGACAGACAGAAAGCUGCUUGUUUUAAGUAAGGAGGACAAAAAAGAAAAGAAAGAAGAAGCUUGUCACCAUCAAACCUGAAGUCAGAGCUGGGUCCAAUUUGUGUUAGAGUGUUGCCAACAGAUUGGCAUCCUAUUUUAUGUAAAUGCCAGAAGAUCGAUAAUGCACAAUGCAGGUUUUUAAGGCACCCUGUGAAGUAUCUGCAGUACCACUGUAAGCUGUGAAUGUGAAAGCAAAAUGGGACAGUUGCAAUUCAAGUCUGUAAAUAUAUAUAAAAUGUGAUGUAAAAUGUAAAGUUCUAACAAUGUAACGGUCCAGAUGGAAUAUUAAUUGUUGUGUCCUUUCAGUAAAUAGAGGUAGGUAGGACUUGUGAAACAGUAACCAGCCUAUUUCAAAUGAUGGACUAAUGCUAAAACAGCAAUUACUUAGAUACACUUCUAUUGAGUGUGUAAGCAGAAACAUACAGACCGUUGCAGUGUUGGUUUAAGAAAAUGUUGCACAAGUUUUUUAAAAAAGGCUUUGAU